AUGCCAACUUCACUUGGAGAGAGGGCUUUGAAAGGAGUUGCAGCUGGUAUUGGUCUGGUUUCGGAGAGCAUAACUGCUCAUAAGACCAAAAAGCAAAACCAGGCCGGCCAGUCGUCCUCAAGAGGAGCAUCAUCGGAGGAAGAUGAGUUGUCUUCUCCUGAUCGAGAACAGAAUAAGGAGAUAGCCGAAGAGUCGGUGACAGCUCUUGAAGAGCAAUGGAUUCUCGAUGAGGCCCAAGAGGAACUCCGUGAUUCAGAGGAUCAGGAAUCCCCUCUAGGAUACACUGAGAUGGACGAGGGCGCCGAUGAUGCUGGUCUUGCACGUCAAUUCGCAGACUCUCAUCCUGCACCUCCACCAUAUACUCUGAGCGAAAUAGUUCCACAGCCGAGACUAUCUGCCCCAGUUCUCUUGCCCCAGCGCAGACCCAAGAAUCGAGAUCGCGGCUUCAUUCGUGCAUAUGCACCCGCCCUCGCUGAAUGUGGAAUCGAUCAGAAGACUUUCCUGGAUUUUUUGGACACUGCUGAGAAGGGCUGUCGGGCCGCACCUUGGCUUCGGGCAAUCAACCUGGCUUCAAUUGGGACAAUGUGGAUGCCAACUGUCACAGGUAUGGCAGUCUCUAUUGCUAUUCAAAUUGCGACGGAUGUUGCCAUUGCUGUUGAUGGACGUCGAAAUUCCUUCUUUGAUCAAAUCAAUAAAGACUUUUUCCAGCCUCGUGGACUCUUCUGUCUUGUUAUGACAUGGAAUCCGGAACUAGCUGAUUCUCCAUGCACCACGAUUAACCUGAAUUCCAUGAUAUCCCAAGCUGCGGAUAGGGAAUCUGGGAGGCUCGGUCGCUUGCAGAAGAAAUUCAAAUCCUCAGAUGGAAAAGCAUACGGCAACAUAUUCCCAGAAGUGGCACCUCUCAUCUUUCCAGAUAUUGACCAGCUAGCUUGCGAUAAAGAUGCGAAGAAGAAGUUGUCUGGUUUGAAAAAGAAGGGGCGAUUCGUGGGUAAAUACAUGGAUAAAAGAGCUCAGGCUAAGUUUAUCUAUGAGAACCCCGACAGUCAUCUCAGCCAGGUUCCAAUGCCUACCUUCACUUCCCGAUACGCAAAUCCAAACCAUGCUGCCAGCAGUGGCGACCCGAUUGCCUUGGUCACCGGUGGAAAGUUCACACGCGAGAAACUUUCAGAUAUGAAGGGAAGAGGACCCCGUAGAAUCCUUACCGAACGAUUCUCUUCAUACGAUUCACAAAGCGAUUCACCAAGAGAUACGGGAUCAAACUCAAGCUCGAAUCCUCCCGCGCCAUAUGGUCGCAGUUUCGGCCUGAAAGAUGCUAUCAAUCAGGUUAAAGAUAUUCGACGCUCAGGAAGCUUUACACAGUCAUCGCCUAGAGGAUCGCGGGAUGAAGGGAGAGACUUUGAUCUACAGAGGCUUCGCGCAGCAAAGAACAAUGUCGGUCUGCUUACGCCAAUCACUAAACUCUUGAAAAAGGUAUGCCUCUUUUAUAUUUGA